UAACUUCAAUGUAACAUGUUUGCAAAUGAAACAGCCAUUCCAGUCCAAACUCCUAAAAACCCUAGUACAAGAGUAGGAGGGGAAACCUAAAUUAUUGGAGAUUGAAUUGAUAAAUGGAUACCCAAUUUCGUGAAUUUGCCUCUGAUACUAUGGAGGGAAUACAUAAGGCUUAUCGUAGUGCGAUGUCUCAGGAUCCAAGUAGCAGCUUAAGUUCCAUUUCUGCUGCUUUUCAAAAGCCUACCGUUAAAUCUUCAGGCUCUGUUUCUGUUUCUUCCGCUGAUCAGUCACAACUCUUGCUUACUCGCUCUCCCACACAAGCAGUAUCACUAUGGACUUGUUCAAAGCUCUGUGCCAUUUGCUUUGUUGCUGGAGUAGUUGUUGGUUAUACACUGAAGCGCCGUGUACGCCGAUGGGCUUCCAAACUUCUCAAGGGAUUGAAAGACUAACAAGUUUUGGAUAUUUACAGUUUCUUAUUCUAAUUGCGUUUUCCAUGUAGGUAACACAUUGUACUGUUAUUUUCAAUGAUAUACAGAAGUCUUUUAUGAUUCUUUGCUGCACAAGUGCUGAAUGUAUUUAUAUUCACUGUUUCCCUGUGUUUGAUGCAAAAAAAUUAUAUCAA